AUGCACGCAAAUUGGAAUAGUAUCCUACCCGACCUCGUCGAGGCCUACAUUAACUGGCAAGACUCGCCUCCCACCCCAGACUGCGAUGAGCAGCUACCGCACUUCACAAUUGACGUCUUCAAUAUCUUCACGCUGCAAACAACUGUGACCAUCAUCCUUGACGAAGAGGCCUCGAGCCCCCGGGCCCUACUCCGCAACGGCUACCUCGGCACAUCACCUAUUCAACCCACGCUAGCCAUCUCCCUCUCGACGCUCGAACUCUUUCGUCGGAUUCAACUCUUCAAGGCUUCUUUCAGUGUCGAGGCGUUCGCCAAACUCAUGUGCCACUAUUAUAAGAUCGCAUAUCGCCGCCACUAUCGCGCAAUCGUCGCCGACGCCUAUGAGGUCUACAUCACAAUCCUACGUGCUGUGCAGAAGCGCGUGGACAGGGUGCUCGGGCGCGAUGUGCCUGACUGGCGAGUGAUGAAUGCAUGUCCCCCCUGCGGAUAUGAGGUAAGUAGUACAUGUGACGAGAGCUGUAUUCUCGAAGAUGAGCCCCCGAUGACAUGGUCACGAAUGGUGUGCAUGGACGGGAACAUGUCGCUGAAACGUAUUGCCUCCAUCGGAGCCCGGGCUCGCGGCGAUCUUCGCGUCCUUGGGGAUAGUGAUUACUUCCUCCCCUCAAGUUUCGUCGACCAGUUUGCCAACGAAGUCCGGUCGCACAAGCAAGAUGACAACGUCGACGCUCCACCCGACGAUACUGGUGGCGACCCUACCGAUGGCGCUGACCCCAGCCAGUGUACGAAGAACUGGAAGGCAUCAGCAUCCGAGGAUAAGAAGGGCAUGUGGGGCAUAUUCGAUGAGACUGGUAUCUUCGCGAGCGCGUGCCAGCAUGGUAUGAUUCUUUGGCUGAUCAACAUGGUGCGGAGCGGCGAGCUUGCAAAGUAUCCAUUAGCGAUCGCCGCCAAGAUUAUCGAUGUGCUUCCGCAAAAAUGCCUCAAUGGCUACGACAUUGGCUGCGACUUCGCGAAGACACUUCAGAAUAGCUCACUCGGAGAACGAUGGCGUGUGCAUGGGUCUCGAUGCUGCGUCAACGCAUUCCACGGGUGCAGCCAUAACUACUGGUGCCAGCUCAAUCACCAUCCGAACGUCAUCGUCGGCAUGGGCAUUGAAGACCUCGAGACCCUCGAACACGUCUUCAGCGCCUCCAACCAGCUUGCUUCCAUUACGCGAUACAGUUCCCCGUACCACCGCCGUCUCGCGAUCGAGCAAUACUUCCAGCAGUGGGAUGCAGAAAAGUACGCGAACCUGAGUGUCAUGAUCUAUAACAACUACGUCCAGGCCCUGAACAUCAUCGAGACGGACACUCUCGCACUAAACGAGGCUAUGUCCUCCAUGCACGUCACAGUCGAUAUGCUACGGCAAUGGCAGGUCGAAGAGCACGAGUACUUCCGGACGCUUGGGCGCGAAGCUCCGUGGGACGUGCACGCCAUGGCGUACGUUGAGAAUCUGCAGGAGCUCCGUAGUUUACGGGCACAGCUCCAGAAGGCAUCUACGCAGCUCGUCAACUCGAUCCCGGCAGGCUACACCUUCGCACUGCCGCAAUCUGGUUCGGUCAACUACAAUGCGGAGACGUCGCGGAUGCGGAAGGCGGAGACGGAGCGGCGCUAUCUCGUUGAAUGGGAGCGUGCCCUUGCAAUUGAAUGUACGGAGAUGGAACUGCACAUGGGUAUCCCCGUUACUUGGGAGUCCACGGACGCCCUGUACCAGGAAACCUUGAGGUACAUGGCAAAUCGUACGUAUGAGCGUGCCCUGGAUAAACUGCAGCAGCUCGUCGUGAAGCGGCUCUUCGAGUUGCACAAGAUGAAUCUGUCGCAAACAGCAUACCGGGUGCGAACACACAUAUCGAAAUCACUACAGAAAAGAUGCAAGGCGAUUCGUACCGCGGUCAACUCGUACAACAAGGCAGCAGCCGAGCUCAAUCCUCCGCGUGCUCCCCUUGACUGGCUGAAGGUAUCGCAUUACAACUUCCUCGAUGAGUUCGAACUGCUCAAGGAUACCCGAAAUGACGUGCGCAAGAGGCCCUGGGUGCGACCGGAUGCACGCGAGAUGAUGCGGCAACUCCGCCGCCUAGACCGUGCAAACGAGGAGAUAGAUCGCUGCAACGUACAAGCACGACGACUGUAUACCGCUAUUGCCGACGAGCACGAUCAAUUCCUCCGCGUCAUCGGGGACCUCAAGGCUGCCGAAGAUCCUCUGCAUGGGAUUGCGGUCGAGUACUGUGAGAGGCGCCUCAACGUGAACGUGCGGCACAUCGAGCGGCUCCACCAGCUUGCCUCCUUGAAGGGGUUCACGGGGAAUUUGAGCCGAGGACGUCGCAAGGGUGCACCACCUCCUACGCCUUCUCCGAGUGCCCAUCCGCCGAUCGCUCAGAACGGGCCCAAUGUCACGGCCGAGUCGCCUGCUGGCAAUGCUGCCGGCCUUACUGCAUACAAUAUACCCUCACACAAUCAUAUUCACAGUGACGACGGCGACGGUGGCGACAGCGAUGGAGAGGAUGAUGACGAGACUCAGGGUGAUGUCGGCAACCUAGUUGACUUCAUGGGUAAUGCGUCGAGGUAG